GCCCGCAGACGUCAGCCGUCGUGGCUGUGCUAACGUUUGUUUACGUCAAAACAAAACUUUCCGCUACGUACCGAGCCGAGGGAGCAAGUCCGGGAGUGCCUGCUGCGAUUAGAAGACACCACUUUUGGCAGCGAAUGUAAUCGACGGGAGGAAGACACACCUCCCUGCUGCAUUUAACCCAAAUCAGCCCACAUUCCUGUGUCUGUGUGUGUGUUUUACGGUGUACGUAUUGCCGGAAGAAAGGCAGACAGCAAAACAAGAUGCCGCUCUCCAGCUACACGGACGUGUCGGCCAUCCGGCAGGAGAUACUGGACAACAAUUUACGGGCGAAGGCAAUCAUUAUGGACAUCUCCAACUUCCGCGGCACGUUGCGCGAGCUGGAAACGCUGAACGAGGCCGGCCGGGACAAGCUGGCCGCACUGCGCCGGUGCAUCGACCGGAUGGACGUGCUGGCACGGGACGAGCCGGACCACAAGCUGACGGAGGAGGCGGAAAAGAACCGCGAACAGUACACCAGAACGCUGCAAGCGUUCCGGAAGGCCAACAUCAGCACGAUGCUCGAGAUCGAGAAGGCAAACAAGGAGGAGCUGUUCGCGCUGCGCCCGGAAGCGAGCGAUGUGCGGCAGCGGAAGGUGGGCCCGGGCGGUCCCACCACCGGCAAGACGCAUCGCAACUCGUCCCUGCUGUUCCAGCAGGAAAGCGUCACCGACCGGAUGAUCUCGAUCUCGAAGCAGCUGCACGACACGACGCAGAAGUCGGCCGCCACGCUCGACAUGCUGGUGGCGACCAGCGCCACCGUGGAGAGUACGCGCGACGAGCUGCUCAAGACGGCGGGGAAGAUACACCAGUCGCGCAAGCUGCUGCAGAAGUACAGCCGGCGGGACUGCACCGACAAGGUGCUGGCCAUGUUCGGGCUGGUGCUGUUCCUGGUGAGCGUGCUGUACGUGCUGUCGCGGCGGUUGUUUUAAACCAGUUUGGCAGUAGAUGUGGCAGAGAGAGAGAGAGAGAGAGACAGAGAGGCAGCAAAUCCAAAUUCCAAAAACCCUUUCCGGCACGUGGGGCAUCCCAGAAUUCCUUCCCAGAAUGAUUGUCACUGCCAAACGUACAGGAAUUAGAUGAAAUUCGCGUACAGCAUAAAACUUUGUACUGUUCUCGCCGCUUUUACUUGCUUUACUCCUUUCUCACAAUGUUUUAUUUAAAAAAAAAACAGGGCCCGUUCAGUGAGCUAUUCCGGUAGCAAACUGUUAGUCACACAGUACUGCCCCCUUUUUUUCAAAUGCAGGGAAAAAACGACUUCAAAAGCUUCACAGACACCACGAAAUUGAGUGAUGUACACACCGCCAAAAUCCGUUCACAAUCAAUCCCUUCCUUGCAAGCACUCCUUUUUUCCUCCCAGCUCUGACCCCAGCUUUAUCGACACUUUGGCACGUGCAUUGUAUAAUGGUUAAAUAGUUAUUAGAACGCUUACGGUAUAUACGCGGGACAAGGGAAUGAAACGACGAUGGGGGUCGGUAAAUAAAUUAUAACUGCAGUUUGUGUGUAACUGC